GUUGUUGUUGUUGUUGUUGUUGUUGUUUUUGUUGUUAUUAUUAAUUAUGUCGUAUUAUUAUUUCCCGUACUGUAGUGUUGGAUAUAUGAGUAUUUUCCGUGUUUCCGGCCUCCGAUGGUUAACGCACAUGUUACGGGAGAGCCAUGGUGUAAACGGUGGCAGGUGAUACAUCAUAUUCCUAAGGACGAGGAUAUACUUGUAGAUUAUCGUAGACGUCUCGAUUCGAUGCGUCCGUCAGAUGUGAAUUGGACGCCAUUUGGAUUGAAAGUGGCAUCUGAAGUUGGAAAGACGGUUCAUCACGGGACUAUUCGAUGGAUGGAUACGGUCGAGCCUUAUAUGCCCGAUAGAGUUUUGCGUCAGUUCGGGUUUCGGCAGAUUAAACCGGCGGACCUAAUUCGUCCGCUAAAAGGUGCUAAGAGGGAGAGAAAAAUAGCAUCUUACAAGGUUAACUAUGAGCCUGGCGAUCAGAUGUGGAGUAUCCCCCACACGCACAUGCUUAAUACAGUUAUAAACAUCCAAUCUAACAUCCAUCCAAUCAUCCUCGUGGUUCUUCACUGCACACGCGACGCUUCGAAAACCACAAUUACCAUCCCCUUGAACGUCCGUCCACGUCACAACCUCCGGAACAAGGCAGAAAUGAAGUUGUCGCAUCCAAGGGGGUCGGGGAAUUUGACCUAUUGCGGGUCCACUCACGGUCGAUGA